GCCGGCGGAGGAAGAAUCAGUGGCGGCGGUGGUGCUUCACCUCAGGCUACAAACAGGAAGCUCGUCCGCGGCGCGGAGCUCCCACCUGAGUUAGGAGACAGCCGGCCAGAUGGUCGCCUCUUUCGCGGACCUUUUAUGCCUGAAACUCGUUUUGCUGUGAACCUUUACGAAGUUUGUUUGCCUGGUACGUCGUUAAAAGUCAUCUCAAGGCGGGCGACCCAAGAUCGGGGAUUUUACAUUUUGCAUCUGUUAUGUUCCCACUCCUCAACUGAUUAGCUUCACUUCCACGUCCACGCAUCGGUGAUGUAAGCGUGUUGUGUCACAUAUGCCCUGCGUGCGACCGUCUCUGUGCAGAUGCAGCUUUCCAGCCACUCUGUUGACAACCUCAACAUCGCACAGAUGCAUAGAAAUUAAGGAACUUUGGCUAAUAACAGGUCCUUAUGGUUGAGGUGGUGUGUGGUGCCCUUUGCCAUGCCUCCAGCCAUGACAGACCUCCUGGACAUAUGGGCAGACCACUCGCCCUUGGCUGGCCAUGCCCCGGACCAAGUCACAGUGGACUUUCUGCUUCCCACUGGUAUCUACAUUCAAAUGGACGUUCCGCGCGAGGCUACCUUUCAACAUAUCAAACUGCUCUUAUGGAAACAGGCUCAGACAUUCCCAUUGUUUCCUGUCUUGGGCGAGAUGGAAAGCCACAUGUUCGAAUGUGUCAACCAGACGGCCGUACACGAAGAACUAGAAGAUGAAACUCGCAGACUUUGUGAUGCUCGUCCCUUCUUACCGGUUCUCAAGUUGGUGACACGCAACUGUGGCCAAGCAGAACGGCUACUGGAUUCAAAAAUUGGCGUGCUUAUUGGCAAAGGCCUUCAUGAACUUGAUGGCAUGAAUGACCAGGAAGUAAAGGACUUUCGCAGUAAAAUGUCUCGCAUCAGUGAAGAGAGAAUGCAGCGUCUCCAGAUGAUGACGUGGACAGAGUGGCUGCAAGCGUGUUUUUCCCCACAGCUCGAGCCAAGGAUCAUCAACGAUGGACUCAAUGACUGCUCAGCUGACUUAAAAGUCAUCAUCCACGUUGAUCAAUCUCAGGAUUCUGCCAGUCUGAAAGUGCCUGCAUCCUGCAACCCUGCUGAGCUGGUGGAACUGGCUUUGAAGAAGUGGUUGACCUCUCAUGGGCACAAGGAGGAGGCAUGGACAGGACAGUAUGUACUGAGAGUCAGCCAUUGCAUGGAGUUCCUCUGUGGAGACCAUGCUCUCUGUGAAUACAAGUAUAUACGCACUUGCAUGAAGGCGAAGGAGUCUCCGCACCUUACCCUGGUCUCCACCAGCACAGUCAAGGCCAUGUUUGAAAAGGAAAUUACUGCCAUUGGAGCAGUAGUCAGUCGGAAGUCCUCCAACCCACCUUUGCCGCUACCUCCCAAAAGAAGGGUUCCCAUGCAUGCACAGAUUUGUGUGUGGAACGUUCCAAGCCCAUUUAAGAUAGUUCUAUUGAAAGGCAGCAAGGUGAACGCAGAGGAGACCGCUAAGGUUCAAGUCAGGGCCGGGCUUUUUCAUGGAACAGAGCUGCUGUGCAAACCAGCUGUGAGCAGUGAGAGCAGUGGACGUUCAGAGCACACAUGGAAAGAAAGCACAUUAGAGUUUGACAUCUCUGUCUGUGACCUGCCGCGGAUGACACGCCUCUGCUUCGCCAUUUAUGCCGUCAUGGAUAAGGUCAAGAAGCAGAAGUCCACCAAAAACACCCAUCCAAACAAGUACCAGACCAUUCGCAAGGCAGGAAAAGUGCACUACCCCAUUGCCUGGGUUAACACAAUGGUGUUUGACUACAAAGGUCAGCUAAAGAUAGGAGAUAUCAUCCUUCACUGCUGGUCUUCAUUUCCUGAUGAACUUGAAGAGAUGCUGAACCCCAUAGGAACUAUUCAGACCAAUCCGUACACUGAAAAUGCCACAGCUCUGCACAUCAAUUUCCUAGAAUACUCACCGCACCCCAUCAUUUUCCCUCCCUUUGACAAGAUCCUGGAAAAAGCUGCAGAAAUUGCCAGAGCAAGUGACUGUUCAUCUAUGGGUCGUGGAGUUAAGAAGUUCUACAUUGAGCUGAAGGAGAUCAUGGGGCGGGAUCCUCUCUCUCAGCUGUGUGAGAAUGAGAAGGACUUGAUCUGGACACUGCGCUACGACUGCCGAGAAAAUUUCCCUCAGUCACUGCCCAAGCUGCUGCUCUCCGUCAAGUGGAGCAAACAUGAGGACAUGGCCCAGCUGCAAGCACUGCUUCAGAUUUGGCCCAAACUGUGUCCUAGAGAUGCGCUGGAGCUUCUGGAUUUUAACUACCCAGAUCAAUAUGUCCGAGAGUACGCUGUACGCUGUUUGUAUGAUAUGAGUAAUGAGGAGCUGUCACAGUACUUGCUACAGUUGGUGCAGGUGUUGCGCUAUGAGCCCUAUUAUGACUGUGCCCUUACCCACUUCCUGCUGGAGCGAGCCCAGGGGAACCGCAAGAUUGGGCACUUCCUCUUCUGGCACUUACGGUCAGAAAUCCACAUGCCUGCUGUUUCAGUUCAGUUUGCCCUCAUGCUUGAAGCCUACUGUCGAGGCAGUAUCCCUCAUAUUGAGGUUCUAAAGAAACAGGUGGAAGCCCUGAGUAAGCUAAAAUCAGUGAAUGAGCUAAUAAAGCUGGGAACCAUGAAGAAUGCUCGGGGUAAGACAAAGGAGGCAAUGUUGACCAAGGAGGCCAUGAUGACUUGCCUAAGGCAGAGUGGCUACUCAGAGACUCUGUCUGACCUCCACUCUCCUCUAAAUCCCAACAUCCUGCUGUCAGGCAUGAAUGUGGAAAAGUGUCGCUACAUGGACUCCAAGAUGAAGCCACUCUGGAUUGUUUACAACAACAAGUUGCUGGCUGGAGACACCUUGGGAAUCAUCUUCAAGAAUGGGGAUGAUCUAAGACAAGAUAUGUUGACACUGCAGAUUUUGAGGUUAAUGGAUUUGCUAUGGAAGGAGGCUAAUCUCGAUCUCAGGGUAGUACCAUAUGGUUGCCUAGCGACAGGUGACCGAGCAGGGCUGAUUGAAGUUGUGUCAUCAGCCAACACAAUUGCCAACAUCCAGUUGACUAGCUCCAAUGUGGCAGCCACUGCUGCUUUUAACAAGGAUGCUCUGCUCAACUGGCUCAAGGAACGGAACUCUGGCGAUGCUCUUGAUCGGGCCAUAGAGGAGUUCACGCUGUCAUGUGCAGGCUACUGUGUAGCCACAUAUGUCCUCGGCAUUGGGGACCGCCACAGUGACAACAUCAUGGUCCGCAGCACAGGACAGCUCUUCCACAUAGACUUCGGUCACAUACUGGGCAACUUCAAGUCAAAGUUUGGCAUAAAGAGGGAGCGUGUGCCAUUCAUCCUCACACACGACUUUAUCCAUGUCAUACAACAGGGCAAAACUGGUUACACUGAAAAAUUUGGCAGCUUCCGUCAGUACUGUGAGGAGGCCUAUCUCAUCUUGAGGAAGAAUGGGAACCUCUUCAUCACACUGUUUGCCCUCAUGCUUACUGCUGGCCUGCCUGAGCUCACGUCGGUCAAAGACAUCCAGUACCUCAAGGAUUCCCUGGCUUUGGGCAAAACAGACGAGGAGGCACUGAAACAGUUCCGCCAGAAAUUUGAUGAGGCCCUGAGGGAGAGCUGGACAACCAAAGUCAACUGGAUGGCCCACAAUGUUGCUAAAGACAACCGCUCCUAAAGCACCAGAGACACGUUGAAGGCAACCACAUAACAGGGUGAUCCGCUGUAGCUCUUUUGGAUUGUGUGGUGGAUUUGACACUUGUUAGAACUGAAUGGGCACAUGCUCUAACCACACCCCUGAGCUCCUUUAAACAUUCCUCGAUGCAUUAAAGGACCAUCACACCAAUGGGAAGUCCAUCUUGAGAGUGGUGCUGAAAGUGUACCCUCCAUCUGUGGGCAGAUUGUAUUUUUUUAUGAUUAGAUGUCUUUAUUCCUGCUCUCUCUGCUACAGAAUCGUGACCCUUUUGUUUUCAUUUUAAAAUGACUGACUUAAAACUGUUUGGACCAUUAAACAAACAUUUUAGAAAAAAAUGCUUUUUUUUCUUUUUGCCCUAAAUCCAGUCAAGUCAUAAACAACAGUUACUACCAUCUUUUUUUAAUAGACUGCCACCCAACGACAAAUGGACUUAUGAGAAAUGCGUAAGAGCAACUUAUCGCUGGCCUUAUCCAGGAAUGUGCAAAUGUUUUCCCCACUCUAUUCAGUUUUUAUAUGCUCUAUUAUUUUGGACUUCUUGUGAACCCCUCAAGCAUCUGCUUCUGUAUGUGUAUUGUGUGCAAUAUCCAUCAAUGAAUAUAGAAACCAUAUCUACAGUACAUAUAAAGCCCCUUAGGCCUAAGCCUAUACUGUGUACCACUAUGUGUCAGACACUGGAUAUUGUCAAAUGUACAGGCUUGUUUACUUUUCAAUAAGUUUUAUGAAUUAAAAGUUAUUUUCCACUGUG